AUGGCUGAAGUAAACCCGCCAGCGGAUGUUCCGGCUGCAAUUGUUCCAGCUGCCGUGCCAACUUCAUUUACAAUCGAUCCAUUCGACCGACACAAAAUGAAGUGGUCGAGAUGGGUAGAGCGGCUGGAAGGUGCAUUUGUUUUGUUUGGUGUACAGAAUGAGGUUAGGUUAUACAUGUUGCUUCACUACAUGGGAGGAGAAACAUACGAUAUUAUUAGCGACAAACUUGCACCGGAGAGACCUCAACAACAGACGUAUGACGCAAUUGUGCGUUUGUUGGAAGCUCAUUUCAACCCAGAGCCGUUGGAAAUUUUAGAGAAUUUCCGCUUCAAGUACCGCAAGCAAGCAGAUGAUCGUCCGGAGGAAACGAUUGACGAGUAUUUGAUAGCAUUGCGGAAACUUGCUAUCACCUGUAAUUUUGGAGAUUAUCUCAGAACAGCUCUGCGGAAUCAAUUCGUGUUUGGGUUGAAGGACCGCGCAAUACAAUCCCGGUUGUUGGAGGUACGGAACCUGACGCUGGAGCGGGCUCGAGAGAUUGCAGUUUCGAUGGAGCUCUCGAACAAAGGUGGAAGAGAAAUCCAGUCCAAACAAGGAAGAUCGGAAGUGAAUCUAGUUCAACACUCUCGAGUGAAAAACGCGAAUGCCCAGGUCCAGGGGCCACGUACGAUUGCUAAUGAAAAGAAACGCGAGAAACCUGAUUCGGAAAACAAAGGGGAAUGUUUUCGGUGUGGUAGUUCCGGGCACUACGCCAACAAGUGCUAUCAUGUUCGCACGGUGUGCAAUUUUUGUAAACUUGCUGGUCAUCUGGAAAAGGUGUGCAUUAAGAAAAAGAAGAAUGCCAAGCAAGAUAAACAGAAGGCAAAAUCUGAGGCAAAUUUGUUGGAAGAGUCCGAAGCCGACCAACGUGAAGUUAUUUCAUUGGAUGAAGUGUGUAAAUUGGAGAUUGCGGCCAAACCGUCAUCGAAGUUCUGGCUGGAUCUUCAAGUGAACGGUACUAAAAUCCGAUUUGAAGUGGAUACUGGUGCUCCUGUUGCAAUAAUAAGCACAUACGAUAAGAAGAUGCACUUUGCUGCGGAUACUCUGCUGCCGUCGGAUAUGCAAUUAGUAAGUUUCUGCGAUACGAGGAUCCAAAUUGAAGGAAUGCUGGAAGUGAAAGUUGUUCACGAUGGAAAAUCUUUGUUACUUCCCCUGUACGUAUCAAACGUGAAGAAGCACCCGUUGCUGGGCCGUCAGUGGAUGAAGGCGAUGCGAGUUGACCUGAACAAGAUUGCAUAUACUGAUGUAAACAAAAUUGAUACUGUUACUAAUUCACUGCAAACAAUGCCUGCCGCUGUUAAGACGCUAGUUGAGAAGUAUGCUACACUCUAUGACAAUUCAAUUGGGAAAAUAAAAGGAUUAUCUGCCAAGCUGUGCCUGAAGCCGAAUACAAAUCCUGUUUACAUAAAAUCCAGACCUGUUCCGUUUUCGUUGCGAGCAGUUGUCGAGAACGAGCUUGACAAAUUAGUCAACAAUGGUAUCCUUGUGAAAGUCAACCAUAGUGCAUGGGCUACACCCAUAGUUCCAGUGCCGAAGGCCAACAACAAAGUGCGACUUUGUGGGGAUUACAAGGUUACGGUAAACCCGAAUUUGGUGGUAGACGGUCACCCAUUACCGACGAUUGAGGAACUUUUUGCUAAUGUUGCUGGCGGUGAAAAGUUUACGAAGAUCGACUUGACUCAAGCGUACUUACAGCUAGAGGUUGAGGAGGGUGAUAGGGAGGUAUUAACUCUCAAUACACACAAGGGUCUUUACCAGCCUACACGUUUGAUGUAUGGCAUUGCGUCUGCACCUGCUAUUUGGCAGAGACUAAUGGAGCAAGUGCUGAAUGGGAUUCCUGGUGUUACCGUAUUCCUAGACGACAUUCGGAUUACCGGUCCGAAUGAUCAAAUACAUCUGCAAAGGCUCGAAGAGGUUCUGAAGCGUCUUAGUUCGUACAACAUGCGUAUAAACCUAGAAAAAUGUCACUUUUUUGCGAACGAGAUUGAGUACUGCGGGUACCUGAUCAAUAAGACAGGUAUUCAUAAGGUUAAGAGGAAGAUUACAGCGAUCCAGAAUAUGCCAGUUCCAGAAAACAAAGAUCAAAUUCGUUCAUUUGUGGGGUUAGUGAACUACUACGGAAGGUUCUUUCCGAACCUCAGUUCGACUUUAUAUCCCCUUAAUAGUCUACUGAAGAACGAUGUGCGUUUUGUAUGGUCAAAACAAUGUGAAGAGGCGUUCAACAAAGUCAAGCAAGAGAUGCAGUCCAAUUCAUUUCUGGUACACUACGAUCCCACGCUGCCAUUGGUACUUGCUACUGAUGCUUCGCCAUACGGAGUCGGUGCGGUACUGAGUCACGUUUACCCGGAUGGCUCAGAAGACCGAUCCAGUACGCAUCCCAAACACUCAACGCUACGCAACAAGCCUACAAGCAGGUAG